ACCUUUUAAACGAGAACAGAUUCCUCAGACCUCACUCAGGAUAGCAUUUCUACAACAUCUCAGUGUAUUCAGACCUUACUCCAACAGCACAAACUGUCAGUCAUGCAGUCCUGCAGUUCUGCUCUCUGUAUGCUGAUCUUACUCAUCUCUGCAUUCUCUGCUGAGAUAUUGUCAGCUGUUCCUUCAGUGAAGGUGAAGCUUCAUGACUCUGCUACUCUGUCCUGCUCUGAGAGAUGCUCUGGUUUGGUCAGAUGGUCUGUGUUCCAUAAACCCACUGAUGUUCUGGCUGAGUGUGAUCAGACUUCAUGUAGAUCAGUGAAGGAGGGAUAUCAGAUGAUCCAUGAUCAGUACCUGAAGGGGAAUCUCUCUCUCACCAUCACUGACGCUGAUUUCACUAAGAGAGGCUGGUACACAUGUGACUGUGAUGGUGAAGACAUCUGUGAUGUUCAGCUACUUAUUGAGCCACUGAGUACUUCAGUUCGGAUACACCCUGGUGAAUCUCUGGUCCUGGAUUUGGACAUUCCAGAGGAAGUGGAGGUGAUUUAUAACAGGACAGGUUCAGCUGGACUGUCCAGUGGUCAGAUCUGUGCAGUGGAUGGACGGUCACUACAGUGUGAUCCUGAAUACAAACAAAGAGUAUCGGCUGCUCUUGAGCUGAGAGCAGUGACUCCAUCUGAUAGUGGAGUUUAUACUGUAAUGGACAAAAAGAAUGAAGAGGUCAUUCAUAUCUACACAGUGACUGUGGGGUCAGCAGGUGGAAGUGAAUUAAAUGAUGACCAUCCAGAUCUGGACACAGAUAGAGGAGCUGCUGUUCCAGUGUGGGUUUUUGCACUGAUGGUGGUUGUACUUCUAGCGGUGGUUGUGGUGUUAGUGGUAAUUGUACGACAGAGGAGAUAAAGUUUAGCUGCUCCAGCUGAAGACUGAAAUGAUCAAUCCGUCAUCAGUGCACUAAAACAGUGGAUCCCAGCCCUGGUGUAGAUCAAACACAGGGUGGCAUGCACUUACCAUGGUUUAGUGCGCCAUCUAGUGUUCAGAGCAUUAAACUGUAUGUUUUUAUGUAGCUCAGACAAGCAGGAUCUUCAUGUGUACGAUGAUGAUAAAUAUCUGAAUCUGUUUGUUUAUUAGUUUUUAUUUACUUCUUGUCAUUUCAUUUUCUCACCCUUUUUAUUAUUAUUGUGACUUGUUCAGUAAUGUUGGUUCUGUAUUCUCAUGACACCAUGGACCUCCCCACCAUCACUCACUGCCUAUGCAGCACUGCACCAGUCUUCCUACAGUUAACCAGGCAUUGGCCUGCUGGCUUAGCCAUGUGGAUCCACAGCUAGAUCUGCCCAUAGAAAUAUUUAGUGACAUCAUGAGCUAAAA